AAGUACAAGUACUAAUUUGAUUAGAUUAAGUCAUGGCCAUUAUGGUUAAAGAAUGAUAGUGGCUUUGCCACUUUCUUAGCCCAACCAAUGAAUUCAAUUCAAUCUUCCAUUGUUUAUGCAGAUAAAUCACUAUAAGUAGGUGGGCAAGGCAAUCAACAUUUUCACAAGCAAAUGGCUCACAAACAAAUUUCAUGCUUCCCCAUUCUAUUAUUUCUAGUGUUGUCUUUGACUCACCUAGGAACUCCUUUCCCUUCUGCUUAUAGCCAGCUCGACUAUUAUUUCUACGAUCAAUCAUGCCCCCGUUUGCAAAUGAUUGUUAAGUAUGGUGUUUGGGCAGCUAUCAGUAAUGAGACCAGGAUUGCUGCCUCCCUCCUUCGGUUGCACUUUCAUGAUUGUUUUGUUAAUGGUUGCGAUGGAUCGAUACUUCUUGAUGACACAAAUGAUUUCAAGGGAGAGAAGAACGCUCUUCCAAACCGAAACUCAGCUAGAGGAUUUGAAGUCAUUGAGAGUAUAAAGGCAGAUGUUGAAAGAGCAUGCCCGUCAACUGUUUCGUGUGCUGAUAUACUGGCUCUUGCAGCAAGAGAAGCUGUCGUUUUGUCUGGAGGGCCUUUCUGGUCCGUUCCCUUAGGCCGGCGAGACGGAUUAACUGCAAGUCAGAAGGCAGCUAAUGAAAACUUGCCAGGACCCUUUGAGCCACUGGAAAACAUCACUGCUAAGUUCAUCUCAAAGGGCCUUGACAUAAAGGAUGUUGUGGUCCUUUCAGGAGCACACACCAUAGGUUUUGCUCAGUGCUUCACGUUCAAGAACAGGCUCUUUAACUUCAAAGGCUCUGGCAAGCCUGAUCCUAGGCUUGAUUCUUCAUCCCUCACAAACUUGCAAAGCAUGUGUCCCAACAAAGAUGCGUCAAACACCAAUCUUGCUCCUCUGGACUCACCAAGUCCUUACACAUUUGACAAUUCAUAUUAUACCAGCCUUGUGAGCAACUCAGGCCUUCUUGAAUCUGAUCAAGCUCUAAUGGGGGACUCAACAGCUGCUGCAUUGGUUAAUUCCUAUACGUAUAUGGCAUAUCUUUUCAACAGCGAUUUCGCAGCAUCGAUGGUGAAGAUGGGCAAUGUUGGAGUACUUACAGGGAAAAAUGGACAAAUUAGAAAGAAAUGUGGGUCAGUAAAUUAAGUUGAAUUAACCAAGUUGGCAUAUGUAAUUAAUGUUGGUGAUCUUUUUUAUGGAACUUAUGUGUAAGCUAUCAACAAAUAAACAAUUUAGCAGAGUCCUGUAAGUAGAAAGUAGUGAAUUGUGACAUUUUAGAAUUAUUAUUAUUAUUAUUAGCAUU